AUGGCAACCAAUCAUCAGGCGGUGAUAGAACACAACAACUGCGGGGUGAAAUCUUGCGACAAGAUUGAUCGGAUGGCAACUUGGUUGGGAAGCAGCGUCGCAUCAGCGUUCUUCGCCUCCCUGGAACGCUGUUCUUGCAUCAAUCUCGCCACCUCUCACGACGAUUUUGACGAUGAUGAAGAAGCCAAAGAUCGUCCCCUCAUGCUCACCAAACCUGUAAUGUUCGCCGAUGAUUCCCCUCACAAGCUCAACCCUCUAAUUGUAAAUACUGUGGGCUGA